GUAUCCAGAACGCAUUAUCGCGCAUACGUCCAUAAGUUCCCGUUGCAUCCCGUUCAAUGGUGCACCCGAGUGCCACUAAUCUGCCUCCAUAUAGUGGAGUGGCACUUGCCGGAUUGAUGUCUAUGAAAAUUUAGACGUGAGCAAUGCCUACCAUUGGAAGUCUCUGCGAGUCAGAGGGGGUACCACGGGAAAGAUGGUCGACAAGGAUCUACUAAUUGGCCCAAGGAGUUUGAAGAAAUGAUCGAUCUGUGGAAUAAUAGGCAAGAUCAAGAGAUUGUGACGGCAUCAGCUGUGGGGCGAAUGGGCUACCAAGACCCAUACAAGGAAACAUACCGAAGACAAUCUGUACGUUACAUGACCCCCGAAGGUGCGGCGGACGGAGCUUUGGUUGCUGGCAUCAAGCGUAUACAUGACCUCGCUCGUACUGCAGAUCCUUUGCGGUGGGGCAAGAGGUGGGGCUCAUUCGAAGGAUAGCGAACAGUC